GAGAGAGAGAGAGAGAGAGAGAGAGAGAGAGAGAGAGAGAUAGAUAGAUAGAUAGAUAGAUAGAUAGAUAGAUAGAUAGAUAGAUAGAUAGAUAGAUAGAUAGAUAGAUAGAUAGAUAGAUAGAUUCUAGAAGGGAAUGAGAGAAUGGGGGAGAGAGAAAUAUAUCAAUGAUGAGUGAGAAAUGAGAAAGAGAGAGAUGAGAUGAGAUGGAGGAAGAGAGAAAAAAGAAGCAGCUGGAGAGGAGAAGUUGGUCUCUUUGCAGCUCCAAAGCUCUUAAAGCCCCAAAGCUGUGUGGAGUGUAAAUGGGAGAAGAGAGAGAGAUAGAAAGAUAGAUAGGGGAAGAGAAGGAGAGAGUGAGCGGUAGAGGCAGGCUGAAUUAAGGAGAAGAAAAGGGAGAGAGAAUGAAAAGGAGAGGAGGAGGAUGGUUUGCGUUGGUGUGUUGGUUGGCAGAGAGAGCGCUUGUCAGAAAAACCUUCCUCUGACAGAAGGCAUGAUUCACAGCAGAGAGAGAGGGAGAGGGGAGAGAAAGAGGGGGAGAGAGAGUGAGACGAGCAUCAGAAUAAGCAAAAAACAGCAGAGAUAAAGAGAGAGAGAGAGAAACGUCAGGGGCAGAGAUGCCGGUAAGAAAAACAAAUGAGGAUGCUGAUUUGAGGCAGAAUGACAAGACAUUAACAGGAUGGGACUGAGAUCGACGGACUGGAUUGACUGAUGCCUUUUAAUGACUGUGACCAUGUUGAUAAGACAGACCAUGGUAAUCAACACACACAGUCGGAAUGAAAGGUGAAGCUUUGACUGGAUUCAACCCUCCAUCUACUGUGCUCGGCCUUUCUGUCGCUUUGUGUCUGACUGACUAACGCUCCACUGGAUAAAGAUUUAAUUGGCUCUAAACAGACAGCCAGAACUAUAAACAACCAGAAUAAACACAAAUACAGACAUGCUGGAAAGAGAGUUGGAGAGAAGAUGAGCUAAGGACAGUAACCCUGUGGACAUAAAAACUGCACAUAUUUUAUUUUCAUGUUUUUCUUUCAAAUCCGUUUGGGAUAUUUCAUUUGGCGAUUUUAUCUUGUUUACAUUGUUUUUAUGUGAUGGAUCUUUUGAGAAGCGGAUUUUUUUUGCAGCAGUGCCAUACUUUGAUCAUAAGAAUGUCCUGACAUGUCAAUGUCAUUUCAAUGGAAGGAAUAUGCUUCAGUUUUUUAUCAUAAAUGAAAAAGCAAAAAAUUGGAAAUUGAAAUUUCUUCAUUUUCUUUAUUUUGGCCCUCUCAAAGCCAACAGCCAUGCAUCCUGCACAUUCAGAUUUUUUUUUUGCAAGUAACAUUUUUCAGUAUUAGUAAAAUUAACAAUUUCACAAUUCACUCUUCAAACUACAAACGUGCCUCCCACCAACCCCUCCCACCAUCAGCCAUCCGACCAAUCAUGGGCAAGCCUCUUAGCCGUCCUGGGUGUUUCAGGAAGAGCUCCUGCUGCCUUGAGAAACAUGGAGCUGGGGAUGGGGGAGUGGGAGGGCGAGCCGCAACAGUUGAAGGGGGAUACGGAGACGGCUACAUACCCCAACGAUCCAUCUACGAUACCAUGUGUAUCAAUCAACAGAUUGACAGCCAUCACCAUCACUCUGGAGGGUCCGUAAGGCGAGAUGUUGGAAGUGAGGGGAGUUUUAGCUAUUCUGCAAGCGGUUCCCUGAGGGUUAACAGGUCUCCUGCUGACAUGUUCGAUCCGCAGCCCCGCUCUCUAACUCCAAACCCCUCGUUUGUUCGCCGACUGGAUGAAAGAGCCAUCUAUGAUUCAUUGAAGCUUGGGGGUCAGGAUGUUGAUGGUGGUGGCUGCCAUUCGCCAGGAUGUUUCACCCGAUCAGUUUCUCCCUCCAUGUCGUCAUUCUCAGUGCCGGGAGUGUCGUCCUCCUCAUCUAAAAAACAUCACCAUCACCCCCACCAUCACCAUGGAGACAGUACAAAGAGCAGAGAUGGCCGACAUUCCUGGAAAGUCUUGACGCCUCCAAAACACCUGGAGUGUCUGGAGCUUACUACAACUGAAAUGAUGGACAGAGGAGGGGGGUACCUAAACCCAGGGCACUACCCUCCCCCUGGGGGCCAGUCCUCCUCUCUUACCUCCCCCCUCAUUUCCCCCUUCUCCGGCUCACCUCUCUCCUCCGGUUACCAUACUCCGGUAUUUUUCUCCCCUGCCAAACCUCGCCCCAGUCAGUCCCAGAGUUUGCGAUGUUCCCCUCCCCAUGCCAUCCAGCCAAGGCAUUACUCCCAAACCCAGAGCCUCAGGCUGUCGCCACCCCUCGAGCUUAGACGAUCCCCCUACCGUGCCCCGCUGGUGCAACUGUCUGCUCAUGACCUUGAGCAGGACAUGAGGGAUCGUGGAGGAGGGUGGGGCCGGAGUGAACGAGAAAGGGAGUGGGAGAGGGAGAGAGAAAGGGAGAUGGAGCGAGGAUGGGCCCAGCGAGAGUGGGAAAGAGAGAGGGAGAGGGGGAGGCUGGAGAGAGAGAGGGCAAGAGAAAGGGAGAGGAGGGAAACAUCAACUUUUGGGACCUUCGGGUAUGGUCGACCAGUUCCCCUGCGUACAGACAGAGACUCUGUCUUUUUGGAGCCCGACCAAGUUUUAGACACAACACCCCUGUUGCUCCCUCAGCCCUCACCUUCACCCUCCCCCAGUGCUGCCCCCAGAAUGGGCACUGGCGCUGUGGGUAGGAAUCGAGCAGGGUCAAAGGUUGGCUCUGAAAAUGUAGGUGGAGGUAUGGGUUCAAAGUUUGACAAUGGGAGUGUAGGUUUAGUGUUAGUUGACAGCAAAUCUGGAUGUGGGCCGAGGUUAGUAAGUGAAGUUGGAGUUGGAAACAUGUCAGAGGCUGAAAUCAGGGCUGCAAUACAAGAACACCAUAGAGCUGAAAGUUGGAACAAAUAUGACAAUGGAUCCAGGGCUAGCAUAAAAAAUGGGUCUGAAACAAGAAUGGGCUCCCAGGUGACAACACGACCAGGGGGACGGGAUUUGGAAGGAAAUGUGCAGUCUGGGGUGGGGAUAGAAAAUAUAGCUCCAACUGUGAACAAGGAGGGAUACAGGGGAGGGACAAGGAGUGGAGAAACAACUGUAAGGGGUGUGGCUAAACAUGAACCUAUUGCUGAGGCUAUAUCUUUAUCUGUGAUUGACAUUAAGAACAGGAUUGAGCCUGGAGAUAAAGUUGAUCUUCGACCUGGACAUGGUAUGGGGAUGACACCAGAGAUUGAGGCAAGGGUUGAGGCUAAAGCUAGUUUAAGUCAGGUGGAGAACAGGACUGGAACAGAAGCUGGAGGUGUAACUAAAGUUAACAAUGAGGUUGGUUCGCCAGCAGAGUUCAAAGUAGAAGGUAAAGUUGAAACAGAAGUUAAGAUUUCUCCUACAUCUAAGCCUGAGGUAGUACCAGAGACUGGGGUUAGUAAUGAGACAGGGACUAAAAGUAACACUGAUACUGGGGUUGUCAGUAAAACCCAAAGCAGCAACAAGACUACAGAUAAAGCUCAGAUAAGUGUUGUGGCUAGGGAUAAAACUGAUAUUGCCCCUGCAGAUCAGGCUGAGAAAAAGCCUUUGGACAUUAAUAAAAUUGAAUCUAGCCAUGUAGAGAAAGGUUCCAGGUCCCACAAGUCCAAAUCAUCCAAGUCCAGCUCUAGGACUCGACCUGGCACGGCCACAGGGCUCCGUCCAGGCCUUGUCAGCCCUCGCCUAAGCAGAGGAUUUGAAGACCUUGAGUCAACAGGCCCUACUGAGGGCAUCGAGUCCACCUGGCCUCGCCGAAUCAUUGUCAGAAAGAGGACUGUUCGGCAGGGUGGGGCACUCCACAACCUCCCUAUUCUCCCCCCACUCCCGGCUGUCCUGUCAGCAUUGGAGAAGAGGCGCCCGCAUAUUCACCUCCACCCAUGUCCAGGCCACUUUUCAGAGAAUCCGCUAACAACCAUUAUGAAUGCCACAAGUAUUGUUGGACGAUGUUCCCUUAAAGAGCCCUCCCAUCCAGAACCAGGACAGGGGGGCAGUUUGGUGGGUAGAGCUUCCUUGAAGGAGCAGAACUUGGAGCACUGGAGGGUCUGCAAAGAGCAGGAAGAACCCAAGAGAUCCAAGAGCAAGGAGAAACAAGGAGAGCUGAGUAAGGAAAAGACUGAGAUAGAGGAGAGGAAGGGGAAAGAAGAGAAGCGAGACAAGGAGAGGAGAGAAGAGAAAGACAAAAAGGAGGAGAAAGAGAGGACUAUUGUCAGUGAGGGGCUGUCGGAUAAAACCAGGAAACGAGAGAAGUCAGAGAGAAGGGUUGAAGGGAAAGUGCAAGAAGAUGGAAACAUAAAGGAACAUGUGAAAAAGGAAAGGGAUGUAGAAUUAAUUUGUGAAAUGGUGCAGGAAAGAGGAAUGAAGAUUAAGGAUGGAAUACAAGAGCGAAGCGACGAGUUGAAGCAGUUUGUGGCUAAAUCAAAGAAAGAAGAAAUUGAUGUGGCAGGCAGAGAAGGAGAAGGAGGUACAUUUGGAGAUGAAGGGGGAAUAGAGAGUUGGGACACUGUCCUUGACAUGGUCAACACAUUGUGGGAGGAUGGCUGGGAGAAAGGGGGAGCGGGUGGAGGUGGUGAUACAGAUUCCUUUUCUGGCUCCCUUCAGCGGUGGCCUCUUCUUCGGCCCCCAAUUGGCUUUGGGGGCUCCCACCCCCCCUCCUCUGCAGCCUCGGAGCUCAGCCUCACAGAGUUGGAAAGGAGAGCCAGGGAGUUGGACUCUGACCUGGAACACCUAGACCUGUCCCAACCACAAAGGCACACGCAGGAUUUAUACCAAACAUUGCUGGAGCCACAGAGAGAACGAGCUGACAUGUACCAAACACACCCUGGGCCGCAGAGAGAGAAAGCUGCUCUCUUGACAGGAGUGGGGAGCAGAUCCCAGGUCAGUUUGGAGCUCAGUGCUAUGGCCUCACCAGCUCCAGACACAGACAGACCUUCUGUUGACUGGUCGACCAAAUCUGCUGGGACUUCCACUGUUGGUACAAGCUCCAUUAAGGAGGACAGCUCUCCAGACUCCAACCUUACGCUGGAGUCCGACUCCAGUGGCGUCUUCCUCUCCUUAUCCAAUCAAAGCCAGGAGGAGGCCGGCUCUGACAGCGACCAGCCAAUCAGUGGCUCUGACCUAGGCAGCAGCAGCACGUCACUGGAGAAAGACGGGGAGGAAGGAGGGUCAAAGGAAUGGGGGAGGGAGGAGAGUGCAGAGCUACUGUGGUGCUACCCUACACUUUUCAAUAACUCCUUGCAAGAAGACAUAGAAGGAGAUAGUGGAAAAGAAGAAGCAGGGCAUGGAAAGAUUGGGAGAUAUGAAGAGAGAGGGAAAGAUGAGAAUGUAAGAAGGGUUGGUAAGAUAGGCACGGUUUCAAUCAUUAAAAACCCACUCAACUAUACAGACAUUGAGGAGUCCACGGCUUUAACUGCCCCACAAAGUGAAGCUAUACCACCCAGGAAAAAAGUGACCCUCAUGGGAAGUGACUUCCCUCUUCCUCUGUCUCCCUCAAAACAACCAUUCAAACACCUUCUAGAUCCAAAUCAGAAGCAAUUAAGAAGCUCAGGACUGGACUGUGGUGACUUAGAUCCCUUUGUUCAGUCGGACAGCUUUGUUUACCUUGCUGUGUCUGCAAGACCUGCAUCCCAGGGUGACGUCACUACAAUGACAGAAGUUCCCACCCAUGGUAUAAAACACGUCAGUGUACAGCAACAUUCGGACAUGAAAACACACUUUGAUCAGUCAAAUACAGAAUGGAAGCCAACUCAUCUUAUCCCACAAAAACCAGAGGAAGGAGACUUUCUGUGUACUGACAGCUUUGUCUACCUGGCUGCUCCAGCCUGUCACCUACUGGGCCCUGCAGGAACCGCACCGUACAGCGGCAGGGAGUCAGACUCAGAGAGUUCAGGAUCUGGCCCUGUUGAUAUUUCAGUACUGGGUUGUGGCUCGGUGGCAGGAGACAGUGACUGGGAUUCAGACCUGUCCGACUCCGAUCCCAGUCACUCCUCCAAAAUCUCUUCUGCUGGUAACAAAUCUGGUGGUGUAGCACGGUCCAAGCGGCUGCCAGCUGAACCGCGCUGGGACUUGUUUAGCGAUACCACCGAACAUGAAGUGCUGAGUGAGCUCUUCGCGGAACAGGACAAAAACAACACUGGCAUAGCAAGGAAAGUUACCGGGGUAACCACCAGCCUGGCAGAUGCAUCAGCUAUUCCCAUGGCAACUCAGCAUGUCACUACACCAGUGAAACGGGCAGCAACAGUAGAGCAGUCGUCAACAACAAAGGUGACUUGGCAGUUUAGACCAGCCCAGAGGUCAGUCUGCACAGGAAGCAGAAAGGAGAAAGAGAAGGAAGUGACAUCAUCACCAUUGGUAAGGUUCACAGAACUGAGAGGGGGCGACACCCACAGACCCUCCCCUUCAUCGUCUUCAUCAUCGUCACCCUCUUCAUCGUCUUCUGGUUGAUUUGUAAAGGAAAUUAAUUUUGUGCAACCAUUUGGGAGGGUGUGUGUUGCCAAAAGGUAGACAAUAUCUUCUAUUUGAUCUGUAGAGACUGAUAGGCUGAAGGAACUACAGAUUAUUUGCUUGAAUUUUGCAUCUAGCUGCUGCCAUUGCCUUCUGAUGACCUACUAAAGGCUGCAUAAAAGACUAGUUAAUUGUUGCAUUUACACAAUAUCAGUAUAAUCCAUUUAAGUUUAAAAUGAUGUGAGACUCAGGCUGAACAGAAACCUUCAGGUUGGGAGUAUGUGGAAAUAUGGUCACUGAUAGAACACUAAUGGGUAAUCAACAGUCACAUUUUGAAAAACAGGGUUGAUUUAGUAGUUACAUGUUUACAUUACUCUCUAUCUAAAUAAGAAGCAAGAAUAGUUCUAUGGGUUUUUUAUGCUAUUGAAUGUACUGUACAGGAUAAACACAACUACAAUGAAAAUCCACCAUAAUACAUAUUUCACAUAUGAGGCAUUCUCAAUGAUUUGGCUUGGUUACCUGUAUUUAAACUUUAUUUCAAUGUUUGAAUUCAGUUACAAUAACACAUACAAAUGGUUACAGAUGGAGAAAAAAAUGUCUGUCAAACUCCACCGUUGUGUUAACCUUUUACAAAGAUCAAACAAUGUAAAUGUGUCUCAGGCCUUAUAUCAAAUUACACCUCCUUGCCCAUGUAAUGCCUCACUUUAACACCUGCUCAUACUACUUCAUAUAUAUAUACUGUAUACUUUAAAAACUGAAAGAGGUCCAACUAUACAGUGUACAAUGUAUUUUAUAAUCACAUCCAGCUUUACAGUGUAUUUAACAGUGUGUCAAUAAUAUAUUUUGAAAGACAAUUAUAGAGUGAAAUAUAGAAUAUAAAAUAUCUAUACAGUAUAUGAUGAAUGUGCAACAUGAAAAAAUAAUGGAAGGAUUUAGUAAUAACAUUUAAUUUAAAUGUUUUAUUUAUCAAUUAGAUUUGAAAUUGUGAAUGUAAUAAUUGAGCAAUAUGCUUAUAGAUUGAUGCUAUACUAUAUGUUUCGUAUGUGGAAAGUGUUGCCUGAGUGAUGUGCAUAAUAAUGGCUGAGUUUCAUUUUAUUUAUAGGCCUACCGCCAAAUACUAAUUGUAAAUGCAGUCUUUUAGAGGUUCCAAGUGUAACUUUUUUAAACAUCAACUUAUCAUCAGGUAUCUUGGUAUACUUGCCAUAAACAAUGAGACCAUGGUUGAGAUGAUUGACAGCCUUUGUCUCACACCAGUUGUAUUUUUAGUGCUAGUGACUUCAUCUUCCAUAAUGCUCUUUGCUUCCUGUCUCUCCUCACCUCUUUGGCUUUAGUGAAGAGGAUAAACAUGUUGGAGAUGAUAUUUUUUACCAUUUGCCUUUCAUUCACAUCCACCAUUCGUCACAGUGAAAACAUUUGAAAGUGUUAGCUCUGUUUUCGCUGAAAGUGAAGCAAUCCAGAAGAUUAUCCUUCAAAUCCAUGUUGGUGGCACACAAUGUAAAAUGCAGUGUGGAGACUGGUAGAGCUGCCAAUCAUCCCAGCGGUGGUUAAGUUGUUAAGUAAGUAUACUAAUGUCACUGUGGUAAUCAUUUACUGAUGUUAAAGGGUAACUUGUGUAUUUUUAAACCUGGACCCUAUUUUCCAAUGUUUUUGUGUCCAAGUUACUAAUGGGGACAGCAAUUUUUUAAAUAAGUCCAGUAUAGAGUGAGAGCGCUGCAAUGUAAUCGUUUGUGGUAAUUGUGCACAAUAAUACAAAGUUUUUCUUUACCGUUUUCUGGAUAUGGUCUGUUUGUUAUUAUGUCUAACCAGGUCUCGCUCAACGAGGAGUCUUGUUCUAAAAUCUCACGAAAGGCGACUUGUUGCCUGAAGACAAUGGUUCCCUGAAGAGUUUGUUCUGUCGGAGUACAGAGGGCAUAGCUUAGUGUUAUCUAAAAUAAUUUCAAUGUCAUGGUUGAAUAUUUAGCUGAUUUUGACUAUGUGUAUGAGGCCUAACCCUUUUGCGAGAUUCAAAACGAGACUUCUUCAACAGUCUUGAUCCAGCAAAAGCUAAAGAAAAGCGUUUCUCUGUAGGGUCCUUUCGAUAAUGUUGUCAGUUACUUAUGAUAAAAACAUGAGCCUGUCAGUGGCAAAAACAAGCACUUCUGUUGUGAACAUACAUUAAAGCUGGGCAAUUACCCAGGAUUACAUUGCAGCCCAUUGUGCGGCUGCCAGCUGCAGUGCUCAUGUUAAGCUAAGUGUUGAUACUGGACACUUUACUUUACUUACUUAUCUUAGACCUGAUUAAAUUAACUUGAAAAAUACAGAACUUCCCAGAGCACAGUGCUAUCAGAUAUGUUAUCCUAUUAUAAAUGUGACAAAGGGAAAGUGGCAGGUUGACAAAUUAUUGUCAGUUAAACAAUAAUAAUUCUUCUUGCAAUGUGAUGUGGUUAUGAAAGACUAUGUGGUAAGUUAUGACCUGGUACAAAUUGCUUCUUAAGCAGGUGUAGUCAUGCUAUUUUAAAUAUGCUCUUAAAUUUCAAAUUGGUCAGUGAGAGGUAACUGUUUGGAUUAUGACAAAUUCCGAGUCAAGUAAAUGUGUCUUAGUGUGUGUUUAUUGUUGAGUGAAAGUGAUGGCACUAUAAUUUGUGUGAAUCUAUUGUGGGGAUGCUACAGCCAUAUUUCUUGAUUGCGAAUGAUGGGGUAAAAUGGGUGGGGUAUUCUUUUUCAGUUUUUUACGCAAAAUGAGAACUGUUGCCUUGUGCAGCUUUAACUGCCAUUAUGAACAUUGAAAUGCUCCCCCAGUCCUUAUUCUUAAUGAUGAUACUCUGUGUAAACCAUUUGGUAGAGCCGUAAAUGCAUCCAUCUGGUUUAGUGAUAGAUUUAUUAAUAUUUAUUAUUUAAUAUCAUCUGCUGAUUUCGAGCACAGAUUUACAAGCACAUCCAUGGAUGAAUAAUGUGCUUCAUUAGCAUGCAUCCGUAUUUUUAAAGCUAGGAAGUGAAUGUUAACCAGUACUGAGCUAAUGACUGACGAAGGUUUAAAAUGACCACAGUCUCUGACUACUUGUAACAUGUCAAAAUGCAUUAAAUAUACAUUAUUAGAUAUUGUUAUAACACCCAAUAGCACCCCAAAUUCCUGUUGAAAGUCAGCAGUUUCAAAAUCUAAAAAGUGAGCUGUGAGGACAUUUUGGCAUGUCCGGAUGUCUGUUAGAGGGUCCCCGGGGCACACAUUUGCCCCUAUUAAGCUCCCAUUACAGGAGAAACCAAACAGUAACCCUGUGCUUUUUAUUAUUUCCAGUUUGUUUCAUGUAUAUCAGUUUGGUGUAAUUUAAUUAAACACAUUUAUGCAGGAAGAUGUACCAAUACCAGAUGUACACAAUAGGAUGUUGUUAGCCUUCGCCAAAUCCAUUACAACUUGUAAGUCACUUGAGACUGAAUCAUUACUCACUGAAAAAGUAAUUGCAAUACCUUUCUAGUUACUGAGCACCAAAAGUUAAAUGUUACAUUACUCAUCAAUGAAGUUAACGUCCACCAACAAGCAGAAAUUGACACACCAUCCCAGACACUCCAAAACCGAUGCUAGAGGGUACCUAGAGCUUCAUAGUGUGAAGCGUAGGGCCUUUUAUGCUUUUAUUGGCGAGUUGGUUGUGAGGAUCUAUUCGUCCCUCAGACCCACAGACUAUCAUCUUCACCAAAGCUAAUGUCGCUAGUUUUAAAAGGCCUCUCUCCUCCACCUACAUUGCCAUUAGUUGAUCACAUACAGUGAACCUGAGUGCAAUAUUAAAAUCAAGGAGUGUAUCUUGUAGAAACAUGACAGAAUUAGCUCUUAUUUGAAAGUAGUAAGUCUCUGUCUCACGUGUCAUGAUAAACAUGAUUUUCACUGAUGAAAUCUCAUAUCUCCUACUUUUUAUUCUAUAUGAAAGAUUGCAUUGGAACAUGGUUUUGUAGAGCCAGUUUCUUCCCUGCAGCUCAACAUUGGGGCUCCAGGCAGUUUCUUGAUGGUUCUCUGCCAGCUCUGGCAUCUUGAUCAGCUGUGCUGUUUAUCUGAAGCUGACUGCUUCUUGUUGUAGAAAUGGUGAAGCACAUUUAUUAAACUACUGAGAUCUCAUUCUAAAAAAGCCGUUUACAUUAAAUGUAACCUGUAUAACCUGUCUCUAUUACGCUGGCACUACGCUGUGUAGCACUUGGAAACCUGGUUUCUAUUGGAAUUUUCUAACCCUACUGCUUUAUAUGUCUGAUGGAAGGAAUGUUUGUCUUUAGCUCACAAACUGGACCAAAAGAGAGAAUGAGCCAGUUAUGUACAAUUUCUUAUCAAUAAAAUAAUAUUUGAUUUCCGCUUGUAUUAAACUGUGGCAAAGCAUCUAGUUUCACUGUGAUAUAUUAAGGAUAAUUACUUUACUGACUUGUAAAAGUCAGUAAUAUCAGGCCAUACGUGUAAUACUUUGCUGUUCAUGUAAGCGCUGAUCACUGUUAAACUUUAGUGGUGAUUAAGAACUAAGACCUGAGAGGACUUUUUAGUAUAUAAAGAUAAUUUAUGUGAAAUCUUAUUGUUUGCCAUAUUCCCAAGCCUUGUUGAAAUGCAUUAAUGUACAAAUAAAGACUAAACUUGAUGUUGAA